AUGCCUCUCCCAACGAUUUCUGGUGCAUUUUUGGACCGUGCACCCGAUUUUGCAAGCUCCCUCGCUACCACCCUCCCCCGAGCCUCGUAUCGUGGACCAUCCCAGCUCGAUGACCCAGGAGUCGCAGAUCUCGGCUGGAGUAAUGGGUCCAUCACACCUCCCCAACUCGUUGGGGGACUCCAGAACGACGAGGUAUUCAUGCUUGAACGACGGUUCAACAAGCAAAUACGGCAUGCGCGGGCAGAGCCGCAUAUACCCCCGAAUACGCUGGACUUGGAGAGCGCGCCGAAUGAGAUCAUCACUCCCGACAAGCUACGGGCGACGCUCGAGAGGAUGUAUGUGACCAUCGCUGUUGGUGGAGCGGCGACAUUCAAGCAUCUCGCUCGCCUCCGAUCUUGGAAUGAGCCCCGUCGGACAGCCGGGUUUUGUGUCGCGUACUUCACCUCAUGGCAUUUAUCACUCCUCCCCUUCACCCUCCUCACCACCCUCCUCGUCAUCCUCUUCUCCUCGCGCGCUUGCCGAGCUCUAUUUCCUCCAGCUCCCUUAGCCGCCAUCUCCGCCACCUCAGGAAAUCUCCAAGUCCCGCGAGCAGGCGUCGUUGGGUCCGGGACGUCGCUUUCCGGGGCACCCGAGGCGCAUGAGGGGGAGGCCGUCGAGCGGGAGGCAGCGCAGUUUGUCGCGAGCCUAGUUGCGGUGGGAGCUGGCGCUAUUGCGGGACAACGCGGGCCCCUGAAACCAGCAUCGACCGGAACGGCAAAACAAGAGUCAGCGAACCUCCAAGCUUCGGACGACUUCAUCAGUGCAGGUGUCCCUGACGCCACCGACUUCGCGUUGAAGGCUAAGAAGGUGCGCGACACGGCGGACCUCGGUGGAGUAAGCACGAACGACCCCGCUGCACGAGUUGCGAAGCAGAGUGUAGAGACCGCAGUGUGGGACAGGAUGGGUCUUGCGGUGCGCACCAUGUCUGCGAUUGCAGACACUUGGGAGCGCUUCUCUAACGCAAUCGAACCGGUGCCCCCAUUCCCUAACUGGGGACCCCGUCUGCGCCUCGCGCUCGCGCUACUGCCCUUCCUCCUCGUCGCGCUCUUGCUCCCGGCUGAAGUCGUGGUGCAGAGCGUUACCUUCAUUUUCGGAGCACUCUUCUUCGGGUGUCCUGUCAUCCACCGCAUAAUGUUCUCGUUAACGAACCGAUAUCCACACUGGACGAACAUUUUCGUCCUACGACACAUGCUACUCCGAGGAGUCCCCACCAACGCUCAACUCACGCUCACACUCCUUCGCCUUGCGGAGCGCGCAAACGCCCCUCUCCCGCCCCCACCGCACACGCGUCCCGCAUCAGUCAUGGCCGCCGCCGAAGCCGCGCGUCCUGGCAACACGCACUCGCAAGUCGCCGCGGACACGCUGAAAGCACGCGAUUUCGCUUUCGACAUCGGCGGCUACGAUCCCGUCGAGGGCGUCGAAUCCUCCGGGUCCGAGGACGGCACGUUCGUCGACGACCCUGAGCCGGUCGAGGACGCCGUGAGCGACACGGAGACGGACCUGGAGCCAGGCGAGAAGGACUCGGACAGGCUGAAACGGCGUGGCAGCAAGCUCAUCGGCUUCCUCCGUAAAACGACCCGCACCGGGGUGCACACUGUGCUCGGCGCGGACCGGCUCAAGGCCAAGGCCGGGAACGAGCGUGCGCGGCAGCGGCUCGGGGCGGUCGCCCCACGUGGCGCCGCGGGGAAGCUGCAGGUCGCCCCGGGGGACAAGGACGCGUUUCAGCGUGAGGGACCGACAUCGUUCUCCGCGCGCGUGGGCGGCCGCAAGGGCCGCGUGCUCCUCGUUACGUCCGCGGCCUCGCCGUGCCUCGCGUUCGUGUCCGAGAAGGCACUCGCACGCGCGGCGGAGCCCGAGUCCGUGCUCAACCAGCUCAAGCAUGGGCGAAGGGAGAGCGAGGGUUUGGACGCGGCGUUCACUGUGGGGGUCGCGGAUGUCGUGGAGGUGCGCAAGGUCGGCGGCUUGGGGUGGAAGGAGCGACUUGUCGUCGGGUGGGCGACGGGGAGGGAGGUACUCGGUGGGCUGGAAGUCAUCGACCGGUGGGGCACGAGCAGGCUCUUCACUGCCGUGAAGGGGAGAGACGAGCUUUUCAAUAGGUUGAUAUCUAUGGGCGGGCAGCGGUGGGAGUGUCUAUGA